UAGACAUUAAUUCUGUAAGACUUUACAAACAUUAUAAGUCAAAUGUUGCCAGGAGUGUUUAAAUGUGCUGGGCAUCUGCUAAAAGUCUCUGUCAGCUUUAUAACACCUAAACACAGUUUGGUGUGUGUGAGCAGUACUGGAAAGAGAAGGAGAAAAAAGAAAUCCUGGCUUUUAGAUGGAAAAACUAUGUCGCUGGAGGAAAGACUAGCUGAUACUGUGACACCUUUAUGGAGACUGAGUUAUGAUGAGCAGCUUCAAUGGAAACAAGAGCGACAGCACAAUAUCCUACUCCAGAUGGCAAAUCACCUGGCACAAGACUCAUCUCUUUCAGCCAGUAAGGAAGAGGUCCCGUUUCCAGUACUGAGCAUAGUCCCUUCGCCAGUGAGGGAUGGCUACCGUAAUAAGUCCACCUUCUCAGUCAACAGAGGAAUCGAUGGAAAUCCAAAAACUGUCGGGUUCUACAUUGGCACUGGGAAAGGUAGAAACAUUGUCUGUAUUCAUGGUGAUCAUCUACUUAACAUGCCACCAAAGCACAAUCUAGUGGCCAGGUGUUAUGAGGAUUUUAUACGUGCUUCACCACUAAAACCUUGUCUUUUAUUUCAUGAUGGAGGACAUUGGAGAGAAAUUACAGUGAGAACAAACUCUGCUGGUAACACAAUGGCCAUAGUAUAUUUUCAUCCACAAACUCUAAGUUCUGACGAGAUUAAUGUUCAUAAAGCAUCUCUAGUAGAAUACUUUACAAAAGGUCCAGGAAGAGUUUGCCAGCUGGACUCUAUUUAUUUUCAGGAAAGCUCCAUGACUCGAUGCAGUCAUGAAGUCUCUCCCUAUCAGCUGCUGUAUGGGGAGCCCCAUAUUUAUGAAGAGGUCCUUGGUUUCAAGUUCCGCAUCUCUGCUGAUUCCUUCUUUCAGGUGAACAGGGGUGCGGCAGAGGCCCUGUACACGACAGUUGCAGAGCUGAAUAAGGCCAGUGAAAAGGGCACAUUGCUGGAUGUAUGCUGUGGUACAGGAGCUAUUGGUAUUUCAUUAUCCCCAAGAUUAAAGAAGGUCAUUGGUAUUGAACUAAUUGAGCAGGCUGUACAAGAUGCGAAAUAUAAUGCAACACUAAAUGGUGUUCAGAACUGUGAGUUUCUAUCAGGAAAAGCUGAACUUGUUCUUCCUAAACUGAUACCCGCAAUGCAGUGUGAAGGAGCACUCACAGCUGUUGUGAAUCCAUCCAGGGCAGGUCUACAUUAUAGAGUCAUCCAAGCCCUAAGGAAUCAUCCUGACAUACAGAGACUCAUUUAUAUUUCAUGUAAGCCAGAAGGAGAAGCAUUGCGAAAUUUCAGAGAGCUUUGCGGAAAGACCACUUUAAAGAGAAAUCUCACUGGAGUGGCCUUUGCACCGAAGCUUGCUGUUCCUGUGGACAUGUUUCCACACACCCCCCACUGUGAACUAGUGCUUGUUCUGGAACGAUAAAUAUCUGUGCCUCAUUUCUGAGCAAAAAAGAUUGUUGACCUGCACAAGGCUGGAAUGGGCUAAAAGACUUUCAGCAAGAUGCUUGGUGAAAAGGAGACAACUGUUGUAGCGAUUACUCGCAAAUGGAAGAAAUAGAAAAAAAUCCUGAAUUGCCCUCGACCUGA